AUGCCUCCUUCGCGAUAUGAUAUUGCAACUCACUGCUCACCAUUCGGCGGUGAUGGGUUAAUUCCCACUGAGCAUGGGUACUUCAUCGAUGCUCACCCAGGGGAACUGGAUACGUCUUUCUUCAGUUUUACCAAGGCUGAGCUGGAAUACAUUAAUCCACAUCAGCGUCACCUUCUGGAAGUUGUACACGAGUGCUUCGAGAGUGCGGGAGAAGCAAACUACCGUGGUGCAAACAUCGGAUGCUACGUUGGGUCGUUCAGCGACGAUUGGAGGGAGACUCUCUUCCACGAUAUCCAAAUGUACGGCAAGUACCCAGUAGCUAUUGGAGAGGACUUUAGUGUUCCCAGCCGGAUCUCGUUUGAGUAUGACUUACGCGGACCGAGCAUAAGUACCAGGACAGCGUGUUCUUCAGCACUGGUUGCCUUGACGCAGGCGUGUACCGCCAUGUCGAUGGGAGAGUGCGACGCGGCCAUUGUGGCUGGCUGCCAGUUCAUACUCACACCAACAAUGAACGUUAUCCUGUCAACACGAGGCAUGUUGUCCAAGGACGGCUCGUGCAAGUCUUUUGACGCGGCCGCGGAUGGCUAUGGACGCGGAGAAGCCAUUAAUGCAGUGUACCUGAAGCUGUUGGCUGCAGCGCUGCGUGACCGGAACCCCAUUCGCGGCAUCAUUCGCAGCAGCGCAGUCAACGAUGACGGCAAGACGGCAGGUUUUAGUAUCUUCAUUGGCUCGGUCAAGCCUAACACGGGGCAUUCGGAAGGUGCUUCGGGUCUGACAUCGUUCAUCAAGGCCAUCUUGGCUGUUGAGAAGGGCAUCAUCCCGCCCAAUAUCCGUUUCGAGACACCCAAUCCAAAGAUUCCGUUCAAAGAAGGGGGCUUGACGGUGCCUACAGAACCCAUUCCCUGGCCCCUAGACCGUCCCGUCCGAGUGGGCAUCAACUCUUUCGGCAUGGGAGGCGUAAAUGCUCACACCGUCGUUGAAUCGGCGAAGAACAUUACUCAUGCUCAAUCUCCUAGUUCGGGCAGCUGUGGGCCUUCGUUACUGUUGUUUUCUGCAAACACCUCCGAGUCUCUCGUCAAGGUUGUGGAGAAGAACCACGCUUACCUACAAAAAAAGCCCCAGGCGGUCUCUGACCUCGCCUACACGUUGGCAGCCCGGAGGGUUCAUCUGCCAUUCCGUACGUACUCUAUAGUCAAGAAUGGAGAGAUGGAAACGUUUUCCUCUUCUCGCGUGCCGGAACGGCGACCAGACAUCGUCAUGGUGUUCACCGGUCAAGGGGUUCAGUGGCCCGGGAUGGGCGCUCGCCUAUACGAGACGAACGCCAGGUUCAAGGAGUCACUGCUUCUCAGUGAGCGUGUUCUUGCAGAACUUCCAGAGGCCCCGAAAUGGUGUCUAAUAGAAGAGAUCCACAAUGGGGAAUGUAGCAACAUCCACAAAGCGCAGUACGCGCAGCCAGUUUGCACAGCUGUGCAGGUUGCACUGGUGGACGCACUGGCCGAGGUUAAUGUAAAGCCUUCUGCGGUGGGCCAUUCCUCCGGAGAGCUGGCGGCAGCGUAUGCAUCUGGAAGACUGACGGCGCGCGAGGCCAUUAAUUUUGUGCGGGUCGGGGCAAUGGCUGCCGUUGGUAUGGGAAAGGCGGAGAUCGAGCCAUUCCUUGUACCUGGCGUUGUUGUUGCUUGUGAGAAUUCACCGUCAAGUGUGACUAUCUCAGGAAAUCUCGACUCCGUCAAUGAAGUGACCAGUGCCAUCAAAACCGGUUCGACUGCGCUAGCACGCCAGCUCAAGGUCGACACUUCCUUGUUGGACCGCUACCUAGGGAGCGGCACCGACUCAUCGAUUCCAUUUGCCUCUUCGGUGGCCGGAGGGCUUGAACACAUUACUCUGAACGCUGAGUACUGGCAGAGAAAUCUGGAAUGUCCGGUGCAGUUCAACCAAGCAGUUGGGGCAAUUCUGGAGAGAUUCAAGCAGCCCCUCUUCUUUCUCGAAGUAGGUCCUCACUCGGCCCUCUCGGGGCCUCUUCAUCAGAUAUUCGAUCACAAGUCCGUUACUCAUGGCUAUGGAUCAUGCCUUGUGGGUCAGCUGUUUGCACAAGAUCAGGCAUUGCAUAUGGAUGUGCUCACCGACCCGGACGGCACAGCGCAGGUCCUGGCGGAUGCGCCGAUGUACUCAUGGGACCACUCCAUGUCAAAUGUGUAUGCGCCACGAAGCAUCAAAGAGUGGAAAAAGUCGCCAUUCCCUCGACAUGAGCUACUGGGGGCUAGGAAUGUGUUCAGUACGGAUGAUCAACCAUCUUGGCGCAACGUCCUCUUCUUCAAACAUGUCCCUUGGCUCUUCGAGCACAAAGUGGCUGGAAAUGCAGUGUUUCCUGCGGCAGGCUACAUUGCAAUGACAAUUGAAGCGGUGCGGCAGGUUGGCGCAGGCGAUGCGGGAUAUCAGAUCCAAAACCUGCAACUCAGUCAUGCCAUGGUGCUGGACCGAUACAACACGAUUGAGAUAAUGACUUCGCUUUGGCGAUGCGGCAGUUGGUACGAUUUCACUAUCAGCUCUCACAAUGGCGUAUCCUGGGUUGAGCAUUGCUCAGGCCGGAUCCGACGCGGAACCUCCUUCUCGAAGCCUCUGGAAGAUAACUUCUCAUCUGAUCUUACUCGUUCCACUGAUCCCGCCAAAUGGUAUCAGAUCUUAGCCAAGACUGGGGUCGACUACGGAGCUAGCUUCCAGGGAGUCCGCUCGCUUCGGUCGUCGUCUUCACGUCUGUACUCGUCGGCCACGGUAGUCUCUACCGUCAAGGAGACUGUGUACUAUCCGAUUCAUCCCACAAAAAUGGAUGCUUGUUUUCAGGGGGUCUAUGCGGCAUCGUACCAGGGACUUGAGUGGAAGAUUGGCCAACUUCCUUUGCCGACCCGGUUCGGGAAGAUCAAUAUCCUCGACUGCGUGUCCAACAUGACCUGCAAUGUAUCAGCGCAUUCGCUCAGGCGAGGCGCUUUAGGCGCAAGUGCCGAAGCAUAUGCAGCAGAUGGCACGAUGGUGAUGACUCUGGAGGAUACACUGAUUCAGCCAUUGGGGGGAAUUGACUUUGUUCCGUUGAGCAGCUUGGUUUCCUCGCCACCGGGUUGGACAGAGAAUGCCAUGAUGCUAAGUCGCCUGACCAAAGCAUGCAUUGAAGACAGCUUGUCGCAGCUGGAGAAGCAUGGGGUGACAAAGAGUGUUUCGCACCUUACAAAAUACCACGAUUGGCUGCGAGCACAUGAUUAUGCCAGGUCUUCUGGUCUAGUGUUGAAGGAAAUUGCUCAGCAGGCAUCGAAAACCUCGAUUGGGGCCUACGCUACGGCCAUGGGCAGAGUCGUGGACAACAUUGUUUCGUUGUGCAAGGGCGAAGUCGACCCAGUAGAGCUGCUUCUAAGCGACGAUACACUAUUGGAAAUGUAUGACUACUUGAACAUGGUCAAUCGGACUCCACUGUUCAGGACGCUCGGCCACCACCAUCCAAGUCAACGGAUCCUAGAGAUUGGAGCAGGAACGGGCGGUACAACGGCCAAGAUUCUUGGAGUGACUCAGUAUUCUACAUACACCUUUACUGAUAUCUCGGCCGCUUUCUUUCCGGCCGCCCGGUCGCGGUUCGAGAUGUACCCUAACCUAAUCUUCAAGACACUGGAUAUCACAAAGGAUCCAUUGAGCCAGGGAUUCCUUCCGGAAUCUUUCGAUCUCAUCGUUGCAUCCAACGUGUUACACGCCACUCCGAGUCUCCGCGAAACACUGGUCAAUGUGCGACGGCUUCUUCACCCUUACGGAAAGCUGCUUGUGGAAGAGCUUUGCGGAGACGUCAAGUACUCCAACAUCAUUACCGGCGUCCUGUCCGGGUGGUGGGCUGGUGAAGAUGAUAACCGGGCGGACGAGCCGUACAUCAAUCCCGAGAGGUGGGACGUGGAGAUGCGGGCCGCGGGUUUCAACGGCCUGGACGGCCUCGCUUUUGAUGUGGCUCCCCCACUUCAGGGCAUGGCAUACAUGCUCACCAGUCCCAAUACUAGCUCUGCUGAUGCACUAGCAUGGGAUGAGUUGCAGAAAGGUCACGUCAGCCAAAACAUCAAUGGCAUUCAGCCGAAGAACAGAGCCUCGCCUCAUAGGACACUCAAAUCCACAGUCCUUGUAUCCGAUUCAGGGUCCUCAGAAACCGCUAUAGUCUUCCAAAAGCAGCUGCGGUCUCGUGGGCACGAGGUGACGCUUCAGAGCCUUGGAGAGUCGUUGGCUCCCUCAUCAGAUGUCAUUGUCCUAGUGGAUACUGCUCUACCGUUCUUCCACGAUAUCUCUGCUUCCAACCUAUCUAAAUUCCAAGACUUCUUGCGCGAGCUGCAGCGAUCACACUCAGGGGCGCUUUGGGUGACUCGAAGCAGCCAGGUGGGGUGCAAAGACCCGCGUUAUUCGCUGUCAAUCGGCGUGGCUAGGACGUCUCGCACAGAGUUUGGCGUCGAUCUCACUACGUGCGAGUUGGACACUGUAAAUUAUACUGCGGUGGCUCUAACGCUUGAUGUGUUCGAGCAGUUUAGGAAACGUGUUGAGACCGAGACAUAUCUGCGCGAGAUGGAAUAUACUGUGUUGAUUCAUUCAGCAUCUGGAGGGGUGGGGAGCGCUGCUAUCCAAAUCAGUCAAAUGAUUGGAGCCGAAAUCUACGUGACUGUCGGAAGUGACAAGAAAGCAGAAAGCUUGAUGAAGACCUACGGAAUCUCUCCGAAUCGAAUUUUCGAUUCUCGUACCGGAUCGUUUGUCCGUGGCAUCAAGGACGCAACUAAUGAGCGCGGGGUAGACUUAGUCUUGAACACGCUGUCCGGGGACCUUUUUGCGGCUUCAUGCGAAUGCGUUGGACCGGAGGGCAAGCUCAUCAACCUCGUCAGAACAACAGGCAACAAAACUCGGAUACCCUCGAAGUUACUUCUGAACAAUACGUUUUCUGCACGCGAUGUUCAGCAGUGUCUCAGGUCCAUGGAAGCUAGAGAGCAUAUUGGCAAAAUGUUGUUGUCCAUGGGUGAGUCUGAGGGGUUGCCGCAGUCUUCGCAUCGGUUUUCCACCAUGAGGUUCAAGAGUGAUGCAUCCUACCUACUCGUUGGAGGUCUCGGCGGACUGGGUCGUGGUCUCGUGCGGUGGAUGGCUGAGCACGGUGCAGCACACUUUGUGUUUUUAUCACGCAGUCCUGGAGCUGAGGCGCACAAAGAGCUAUUUUGCGAGCUGGAAAGAAAAGGGUGCGCCGUGACGGUGGUCCAGGGAGAUGUUUCCAGUCUUGUGGACGUGGAAAAAGCCAUUUCUGCAUCACCAGAACAGCUCAAGGGCAUUUUCAACCUAUCCAUUGUGUUGCAGGACGGGUCGCUGCUAACUAUGUCUCUGGCUGGCUGGAAGGCCGUGACGCAACCCAAGUAUCGACACAGCCAAAGCCUGCCUGCGUCAGCUAUUGAUGUGGGGGCCGUCGAGGGAAUUGGCUGGACUGCGGAAAACACAAAGACUCUAGAACGAUCGAAGUGGCUCGAGAGUGCAGUCAUGUCGCAGCAGGAGCUGUUCCAGGCCGUCACACUAGCCAUCCUUGGAUCCGACGCCGCGAAAGAUGCAAAUAAAGACCCCAGCCCAGUGUUUGUUGAGCCAUCGCAGCUCAUCACUGAGUUCCGCAUGACGCCGGCUUUGAACGAAGCGUUCCGUGGCAAGGCUACCUUUUUGGAUCGUCGGCUGGCGACCUACUCCAACCGGGAUUCCGCAGCCCAUGGCGUCGAUGCUAGUGGUGCUGGCACCGUUGGAGAUGCUCUGAGGGGCUUCAUCGCCACGCUGCCGGCCAACGUUGACAAGUUAGAUGACCCCAACACGAGCAAAUUCAUCGCGAGGGAGAUUGCAGCUUGGGUCUUUGAUCUUCUUCUGAAGCCCAUUCAGGAUGAUGACGAGAUCGAUCUCGCCCACUCGUUUGUCGACAUUGGAUUGGACAGCCUGGCAGCCGUCGAGCUGCGCAGCUGGUGGAAGGCAACUUUGGGCCUGGACAUCAGCGUAUUGGAGAUCGUUUCGUUUGCAAACUUGGCUGCCAUGGGUGAUCAUGCAACCAAGGGGUUAAGGGCAAAGUUUACAUCUGCUUCUUAA